GCGCUGCUACGUCAUCACAGGCACGCGAAGGAAACAUGGCGGCGGCGGGUGUUGUGAGCGGGAAGAGAGAGAUAGCAUGAGCGGGGCAGGGGCAGAGGAAGAGAGAGAAUCUCAAGCAGACUCCCUGCUGAGCGUGGAGCCCCCACAUAGGGCUCAAUGCCAUGACUCAGAGAUUAUAUAUGAACAGGAAGGGGUCUAUAUUCACUCAUCUUGUGGAAAGACCAAUGACCAAGACAGCUUGAUUUCAGGAAUAUUACGUGUGUUAGAAAAGGAUGCUGAAGUAAUAGUGGACUGGAGACCAUUGGAUGAUGCUUUAGAUUCUUCUAGUAUUCUCUAUGCUGGAAAGGACUCCAGUUCAGUUGUAGAGUGGACGCAGGCCCCAAAGGAAAGAGGUCAUCGGGGAUCGGAACAUCUGAACAAUUAUGAAGCAGAGUGGGACAUGGUCAAUACAGUUCCGUCUAAAAAGAAGCCACAUACCAAUGGAGAUGCUCCAAGUCAUAGAAAUGGGAAAAGCAAAUGGUCAUUCCUGUUCAGUUUGACAGACCUGAAAUCAAUCAAGCAAAACAAAGAGGGUAUGGGCUGGUCGUAUUUGGUAUUCUGUCUAAAGGAUGACGUCGUUCUCCCUGCUCUGCAUUUUCAUCAAGGAGAUAGCAAACUACUGAUUGACUCUCUUGAAAAAUAUGUGGUAUUGUGUGAAUCUCCACAGGAUAAAAGAACACUUCUUGUGAAUUGUCAGAAUAAGAGUCUUUCACAGUCUUUUGAAAAUCUUCUUGAUGAACCUGCGUAUGGUUUAAUACAAAAAAUUAAAAAGGAUCCUUAUACAGCAACCAUGGUAGGAUUUUCCAAAGUCACAAACUACAUUUUUGAUAGUUUGAGAGGCAGUGAUACCUCUACACAUCAACGACCGCCUUCAGAAAUGGCAGAUUUUCUUAGUGAUGCUAUUCCAGGUUUAAAGAUAAAUCAACAAGAAGAACCAGGAUUUGAAGUCAUCACAAGAAUUGAUUUGGGAGAACGACCUAUCGUUCAAAGGAGAGAGCCAGUAUCACUGGAAGAAUGGACUAAGAACAUUGAUUCUGAAGGAAGAAUUUUAAAUGUAGAUAAUAUGAAGCAGAUGAUAUUUAGAGGGGGACUUAGUCAUGUGUUGAGAAAGCAAGCAUGGAAAUUUCUUUUGGGUUAUUUUCCUUGGGACAGUACCAAGGAGGAAAGAACUCAAUUACAAAAACAAAAAACUGACGAAUACUUCAGGAUGAAACUACAGUGGAAAUCUGUCAGCGAAGAACAAGAGAAGAGAAAUUCGAGGUUAAGAGAUUAUAGAAGUCUUAUUGAAAAAGAUGUUAAUAGAACAGAUCGAACAAACAAGUUUUAUGAAGGCCAAGAUAAUCCAGGGUUGAUCUUGCUUCAUGACAUUUUGAUGACCUAUUGUAUGUAUGAUUUUGACUUAGGGUAUGUUCAGGGAAUGAGUGACUUACUUUCCCCUCUUUUAUAUGUGAUGGAAAAUGAAGUGGAUGCCUUUUGGUGCUUUGCCUCCUAUAUGGACCAAAUGCAUCAAAAUUUUGAAGAACAAAUGCAAGGCAUGAAGACCCAGCUAAUUCAACUAAGUACCUUACUUCGAUUGUUGGAUAGUGGAUUUUGCAGUUACUUAGAAUCUCAGGACUCUGGAUACCUUUAUUUUUGCUUCAGAUGGCUUUUAAUUAGAUUUAAAAGGGAAUUUAGUUUUCUAGAUAUUCUUCGAUUAUGGGAGGUAAUGUGGACUGAACUGCCAUGUAAAAAUUUCCAUCUUCUUCUCUGUUGUGCUAUUCUGGAAUCAGAAAAGCAGCAAAUAAUGGAAAAGCAUUAUGGCUUUAAUGAAAUACUAAAGCAUAUCAAUGAAUUGUCCAUGAAAAUUGAUGUGGAAGAUGUACUAUGCAAGGCAGAAGCAAUUUCUCUACAGAUGGUAAAAUGCAAGGAAUUGCCACAAGCAGUUUGUGAGAUCCUGGGACUUCAGGACAGUGAAGUUACAACACCAGAUUCAGACACCGGUGAAGAUGAAAAUGUUGGCAUGACUAGUUGUCCUACAUCUACAUUUCAGAGUGACUCCUUGCCUGUACUUGCUACCAGUGGAGCCAGAGAUGACGACCCAACACAGAUAUCAGUGUCCCCAAAUGUUAGCAGAUUAACACCUGCAUGAUCAUUCUUCUUGCUUAAUUUUUGAAGAGACACUUUGUUGCAACCUUUUUCAAGUACUUGAAAGGUGGAAAUUUAAAAUCUUGGUAUUGAUCAUGCUUUAAGGUUUAUGGAAAGAAAGUGUACUGAUGUUCUUGCAUUAAAGCUUUACAAAGAUUUAAACUAAUUAUUUUUGUAGUUACUUCUACCAAAUAGCCUUUCCUUUUCAAUAACAUUCCUUAGUAUUUUUAUAGCCAAGUACAUUUUAUUUUCUUGCUGAUGAACUGGAAUUGGAUAAAUAUUACAAGUGGAAGAGUUGGAAAUUAUGCACUUUGAAAAACAUUCACUUUGUUUACUCUAAGUUAGUGGGUUUUGGAUUUGAUUAAAUUAAAUGUUGGGCCUUUCUAUAGCAUGCUAAGCUGAGAAGUAGAUUGUGUACCCAAGUGAUGAGAUAAAAAAUUUGUUUUUUCUCUAUUGUUUACAGUAAUACUCAGCUUAAAUAUUUAUGCUGGCUGAAUGUGAUUUAAAUUGGGAUUUCAUCAAUGCAAUUUAAUGUGUAGAUAGAAAGAGCUAUUUCAACCAUAAUAAGUGGAUUGGCAGUAUAUUUUUUACAUUGAAACUUUCUUCACUUGUAUAUAAAAACUAUAUAAGUACUUAUUUAUGAGUAUAAGAAAGGAUAGGCAUAUUUUCUUUAACUGAAUAAACUUGACUAUUGAUUUAUAUAAUCUGAUUUGACAAAAGUAAUACAUAGCUUCAGUAUGAGAUCUUUUUCAAAACUAUUUUCUUAACCAAACAUUUAUUUCAUGGGACUACAUUCAACCCUGUACCUGGUGUAAUUUUAAAAUUAAUUGCUUGUAAUCUCACUUUACUAAUAAUGUGUUUAUUAUCUUUCCUAAUAAUGCAUUAACUGAUUAAUCAGGUCUUUAAAUUUUUAUAAAAUGCUCUUUGCAAAAAGCUUAUGUCAAAAAUUUCAAUAUACUAUUACAAGUCUCAAAAUAAUACUUUUUUGUAUAUGAAUGAAGCUGUUUUUACCAUGCAGUGUUGCAUGAUUUUAAGUUAUGUGGAAUUAACAUAACUGAUUCCGUUUUAAUUGUAAUUUGUUAACUCCUGUACAUAUCAUUAAAAUAAAUUUGAAGUUGAAGUAGUGUUUUUAGUUAAAUUACACUUAGACAUAGUCUGCUAGUUCUUCAUUGGAAGAAAAAAUCCAAGAUGGCCCCCAGCACAUUUUCUGUUUAAUGUGAUUGAAACAAUCAUUGGAAUGAGUUAUGGACAUGAGAAAGAAACGUGACCUUUUAUAACCGAAAAUAAAUUUUCAUCAGCACGGACUUGGGCAUAGUGUUGUCUUGGAGGAUAUAAUUGUCUGACUUGGGAAAGCAACUUCUACAAUUGAUGUUAAUAAUGUAAAAUAAAAGCUAUGCAGUUCUGAAA